CAAGUAAAUGAUCUCAGAAAAAAGGAAGCAAUUUAUUCAACAAUUUCCACAUAUAAAAGGAUAUGCAUGGUUAGGUUCUAGAAAUGAUGAAAGUCAGAAGUUUAAUCACGCAGCGCUCUAAAUGCCUCAUAAGCCAAUUUGAUAGUGAAAAUUAUGAACGUCUGCCAUACUAAUACAUCAUGCCCAUCCGAGAAGCUGAGUUCAAGAUUUGCCAGAUACGCCGAAGGCUGCCAUAUUAAUACAUCAGGUUCAUUCACAAUCAUCUGAUCAUUUGUGUUUGAGGGAUUUUUGUCCCUUUUACCACGAUUCCAGAUUGUACUUUUUCUGCUCGAACAUAUACAAACAGGGCUAGUUCUUCAAUCAAAAAAAUUCCCUUCGCUACCAAAAAGCAUAAAGGAAAAGAUUAGGGUCUAGGAAUGUAAAUAUUCUAUUUAUUACGAAAAUAUAGAAAGCACAGUACAAAAUGAGAGUGGCACAUCAUUAUUCAUUCCACCACGAUUGAAUUGCCCAACAAUAAUCAUGGACCUGGAGACUGUAAAACGAUAUCUGGAAAAAGAAGGAGGCCCUUAUGAAUCCGAAGUGGAUUCUUUCCCUCAAAGAUUCUUCGAGCCUUUUGUAAUUCAAGGCCUCAAAGUUGACCAUAUUGAACGGGGUCGCGUUGUUUGUUCUUUCACCGUUCCUCCUCGCUUACUGAAUACUGGGAAUUCCUUACAUGGCGGCGCCACCGCUACUCUGGUGGACUUAGUGGGUUCAGCUGUUGUGUACUCAAUUGGGGCUCCGGCUACUGGGGUUUCUGUUGAGAUAAAUGUUUCCUACUUAGAUGGUGCCUACGUUGGUGAUGAGAUAGAGGUGGAAGCAAAGGCAUUGCGUAUUGGAAAGGCAAUUGCAGUUGUUAAUGUCGAGUUGAGGAAGAAAAACUCGGGAAAAGUUAUUGCUCAGGGUCGUCAUACGAAGUACCUAGCUGUAUCGAGUAAGUUGUGAAUGACCUGUUCUUAAGGAGUUUAUACAAAACCUAGGUCACAUCGGGUUCUUAAUGUGAAUGAAAUAUCAUUUCUAUGUACACAUUCCAGUUCAGAAAAGAUCUUCAGCAUAUUGAGUGGCGGGUGAUGAUUGAAAAAUCAUAUGUAAACAGAACUUCCAUGAUCAUUUCUGCUCUGUUUCUAAUGAUCCAGAUAUUUUAUUUGCAGUAUUACCUGUGUUCAUUACAUGGUCGUCUUAUUAUUCAUCAGGUGACUCACCGUCCUCUUCUUUGUUUAAGAAAAUUGGAUAAAUUAGUUAACGAUUUAGUUCAAAUUUUUAUGUUGAUGUUCCAUGAUUGUUUGUGUAAUUCUUAAGCAACAUUGGUUGCAUUUGCUUUUCCUACUCCAAUCUAGUGAUGUUGAUACACACAAAAUCAUCAAAAAUUUUUAUGUUGAUGUUGCUUAUCUCAACGCGACUCUAUUUUGCGCAACAAACUCACACCAUAAACCCAAAAAUAAAGGAUGG